CACAUGAUGUGAUCAUACAUAUCUGUCUAACAAAGAGAACCCAGUGGAUGUUUUUGCGUUUCAUAACUACGAGCAGAUCAGUGGGUAAAAGUGAGCAAUACAGAUAAUACACUCGAUGUAAAGAAAUCUGUAGAUAAGCUGGAAUACAUUCAAUAACAUUAUGUCACUCGACUUCGAAGACGAGCCCGUGGACUUGGGUCAAUAUGCCUGGUACUGGGGCGAGACUCACCAGGAGCUCGUGCGUCGCGAACUGUCACGUGCGCCAGACGGAAGUUACCUCGUGCACCACACGGGCGAUAUCGAAUUUCACAUGCUGGCGGUCAAGGUCGGGGAUGAUAUCGUUUAGGCAGCCUAUCUACUGUCGGGACGGGCUGGUGGGUUUCACGGAGCCCCUCGGCUUCGAGUCGUUCGAGGACGCGCUGGAGGCUUACACGGAGAGCCAGACGGAGACCCAUGACACGCUGAGAAAUCCCCUGCCCAAACCGGACUUCUCGAAGCUGCGCGAGACACACACGACAAUGAAGCCCGUUCAGCUGCUGAAGAGACUCCGAGACACGCACGGCCUUCUGGGUCAGCGGAUAGAUGAACUGGUCAACGUGGAAGGCUGUAUUGAGAGACUUGAACAAGAAAUCGAGGAGAAGAGCAAGUCGACGGAAGCGUACGGCGUGCUGAUCAAGGUCGUAUCUAAGCAACUGGAGAAGACGAAUGAACUCACGAGCUCGUCCAGCGACAGGCUGGAUGAGAUCAACAACAACUGCACGGCACUCACCAAGCGACUGGAAGGUCUGCGACAAGAGCAGACGGCAAUUGAGAGAGAGCGUACUUCACUGAUGACAGAAAGGAACGAACAGUCCAAACUGUCCACACGUUGUCUAGAUGGAAUCAGAGAUCUGGAAAACGAGAUACAGAAAAUCAAAGAUGACAUUAUCGAGUUCUCGCUGUACGAAAACUGCAUGGACACCAUGAUGCUAUUUAUAGAUCAUCUGCUGGCGUCUGACGUCACUGAAUUCGCACAGAAGGUUGAGGAGUAUAAACAUAUCGCUGGAACUCUACCUGCCGCGUUUGGCGGACCAUUGACGGGGAUGUUCACGCUCGGCGCGUUCGUGUCCAUGGGUGAAUUCCCAUAA